AUGCGUUCGAUCAUUGCAACUGCAUUGCUCCAGCUUCUGCUGGCAGCAUCAACUCUCUCGACUCCUCUUCAAAAACGUGAAGUCCUUUCUGGCUAUGAGUACGUCGUGGUCGGAUCUGGUGGCGGUGGUGGGCCAGUCGCAGCUCGUCUUGCCAGAUUAGGACACAAAGUCCUCCUACUCGAAGCUGGCGAUGACCAAGGCGACAACAUUGUCGAACGAGUUCCUGCCUUCCACGGUCUAUCUACAUUGGAUAAAUCCAUGAGAUGGGACUUCUUUGUCAAUCAUUAUUCGGACGCCACCCGCCAAGCCAGGGAUUCCAAAACAGUUUACGAGUUUCCUAAUGGUACUGAGUACAUUGGACUUAGCCCACCUGGUGAUGCGAAAAUGAAGGGUAUUUUAUACCCAAGAGCUGGAACACUCGGUGGAUGUGGAUCGCACAAUGCGCUUAUUACUGUAACUCCACAUGAUAGCGAUUGGGAUCAUAUCCGAAGCAUUACGGGUGAUGACACCUGGGCUGCUUCAAAUAUGAGACAAUACUUCGAACGUCUCGAGAAAGUUAAUUAUGAUCCUAACAGCAUUGUUGGGCAUGGUAAAAAUGGAUGGUUAUGGGUUGAACGUCCAGAUGUUUCGUUGGCGCUCGGUGAUGCAAAGAUUGUCUCACAGCUGGUAGCUAGUGCUGUGGCUAUGGGACAAGGUAUUUUAGGAGGCCUUCUGUCUGCCGUGGCCAAUCUUUCGAAGAUUCUACUGGCGGAUAUGAAUUCUGGCCUGCCUGGCCGCGAUUCAAGAGAAGGGCUUUUCCAGAUCCCGCUGGCUCGUAGGAAUAAGGCUCGCAAUGGACCAAGAGAGUUUGUGGUUGAAACACUAAAUGCCAGGAACCCGAAUGGUAGCAAGAGGUUUAAGUUGGACGUUCGAACAAAUUGUCUAGUUACAAAGAUUAUCUGGAAUAGGUCUGGGCUGAAGCCAAGGGCCAUCGGUGUCGAGUUUAUGGACGGUCAAUCGCUAUACCGUGCCGACCCUCGUUCCGGCGCCGCGGCUGCUGGAAAAUCAGGUUCCGUCACUGUCACCCGCGAAGUGAUAUUAUCCGCAGGGGCUUUCAAUACCCCACAACUUCUCAAACUCAGCGGCGUCGGUCCGGCGGCUGAGCUCCAAAGCUUUGGUAUCCCGGUUGUCGCUAACCUCCCCGGUGUCGGCACAAACCUUCAGGAUCGUUAUGAGGUCGGUGUAACCUCGACUGUUGCUAGCGAUUUUAGCCUCCUUCAGGGUUGCACUUUCGGCCAGGGUAACGAUCCGUGCCUCAACUCGUGGAAUUCUGGUGAAAGAAGCCCGUACGAAUCGAAUGGCUUCGCCCAGGCUAUCAUCAAGAAGACCGCCCACUCAACCGGCGACCCAGAUAUCUUCAUGUUCGCUGGUCCCGUUCUUUUCACCGGCUAUUAUCCUGACUAUGCCAUCGAUGCCGUCAAGGACAAGAGACAUUGGACUUGGGCCAUUCUAAAGGCUCAUACUGGAAACAAAGCUGGUACUGUCAAACUCCGCUCCGCAGAUCCGAAGGAUACUCCAAUCAUAAACUUCAACUAUUUCGACACCGGUACCAAAUCAGCUGCAAACCGUGAUGUGAAGGCGAUGGUCGAAGCCGUCAAACUCGCCAGGAAGAUUGGAGAGAAAGCAUCAGCAAUCGAUUUGGGAAGUUCCAGUAAAUUUACAGAAGAAUCACCGGGUGCAUCUGUAAACACUGAUGCGAAGAUCGAGCAAUUCGUCAAGGAUAAUGCCUGGGGCCACCAUGCUAGUUGUACUUGUCCAAUUGGUGCGGAUAACGACCCAAACGCUGUUUUGGAUUCCAAGUUGAGGGUGAGAAAGGUUGAUGGAUUGAGAGUCGUUGAUGCUAGUGUUUUCCCGAAGAUCCCAGGAUUUUUCAUUGCGGUACCGAUUUACAUGAUGGCUGAAAAGGCAGCUGAUGUUAUUCAUGAAGCCUCGAGGGGGUCGUCAUUCAGGCAGGGGUAUGGAGCACCGGUCGGACAUUAA